UGAAUGAACAGCACGCUCUGAUUUCUGUGCCUCCUUGAAUGGACCCCCCUCUAGAGGAAGAUAACGGAUAAGCUAGGAGGGAGGAGUAUUUAGCUACACAUGCUUAACUGUUCUUAUCAACACAUCUGAAGCAUGGUGAUUAAUUCAGAUAGCAAAGCAUUACGCCGUUCUCUUUAACAAAGCAUGAAAACUGGAUAUGGAACGCAGCUCUCUCAGCAGCUGAGACAGAUCGGCAUGUGACAGCUUGCUGUACAGCUGAACAGGAGAUAACCACGUUAGAAACUUCAGGAACCGGGACUCUUUUGCCUGACCUACACAUCACAAAGGGGCACAAACUGCCACACGAGACUAUUUAGAUAAUUUGCUGAUUCAAGGGCUGACUGCUGCUGAUUUGCAAGGGACAAAAUGUGGCUACCGAUUUACUAUAUUCUGAGCUGCAAUCUUGUUCUAGCUUCAGGAUACAACUCCUUUCAGAAAAGCAUAGAAGCUCUAGGCAAGAAGCAAUACCAAGUCCAGCAUGGAUCGUGUAGCUAUACUUUUCUUCUGCCUGAGAUGGAUAAUUGCCGGUCUUCUUCUGCUACCUACGUUCCUAAUGGGGUGCAGCGGGAUGCACCCCUAGAUUAUGAUGAUUCUACACAAAAGCUGCAGCUGCUGGAAAAUAUCCUGGAAAAUAACACACAGUGGCUGAUGAAGCUUGAGAGUUAUAUCCAGGACAACAUGAAAAAAGAAAUGGUAGAGAUCCAGCAGAAUGCAGUGCAGAAUCAGACGGCAGUCAUGAUUGAAAUUGGCACCAACCUGCUAAAUCAAACUGCUGAACAGACCCGCAAAUUAACAGAUGUUGAAGCACAUGUGCUGAAUCAGACAACAAGGUUGGAACUUCAACUUCUGGCACAUUCCCUUUCAACUAGCCGACUAGAAAGGCAAAUUUCAGACCAGACCGGUGAGAUAGGCAAACUGCAAGAGAAAAACAGCUUUUUAGAAAAAAAAGUCCUUGACAUGGAAGACAAGCACAUGCUUCAGCUACAAUCAAUGAAGGAUGAAAAAGAUAAGCUACAGUCAAUAGUAUCCAGACAAAACUCCCUAAUAGAAGAACUAGAGAAACAGCUGGUCACAGCCACAGCUAACAACUCCUUUCUGCAAAAACAACAACAUGAUUUAAGGGAGACAGUUCAGAAUCUGUUCUUUAUGAUUUCUACACCAAACCCUUCCAAAAAUGCUUUGGUGGCUACUGAAGAACAGAUCAGCUUCAAAGAUUGUGCGGAAGCAUUCAAAUCAGGACUCUCAAGCAGUGGAAUCUACACAUUAACAGUCCCUAAUACUGGAGAAGAGAAAAAGGCAUAUUGUGAUAUGGAGACCAGUGGCGGAGGGUGGACGGUUAUUCAGCGACGCUCAGAUGGAAGUGUAGACUUUGAUCGAACAUGGAUGGAAUACAAGAUGGGAUUUGGAAAUCCUUCUGGGGAACACUGGCUGGGAAAUGAGUUGGUUUCUCAACUUACUAACCAGAAGCAAUACAUGCUCAGAAUACAUCUGAAAGACUGGGAAGGAAGUGAGGCAUAUUCCUUAUAUGAACAUUUCUAUCUAGCAAGUGAAGAACUGAAAUACAAAAUCUACCUUAAAGGACUCAUGGGUACAGCAGGCAAAAUAGGCAGCAUAAGCCAACCAGGAAAUGGUUUUAGCACAAAGGAUGCAGACAAUGACAAAUGCAUCUGCAAAUGCUCCCAAAUGCUAACCGGAGGCUGGUGGUUUGACGCAUGUGGUCCUUCCAACCUAAACGGUUUGUACUAUCCAUUACGACAAAACACAAACAAGUUCAAAGGGAUUAAAUGGUACUACUGGAAAGGAUCGGGCUAUUCUCUCAAGGCUACGACUAUGAUGAUCCGACCAGCAGAUUUCUAAAAACUUCUGCACUUUCUAGAAUGUAAAUAUUGAAAUAACUGUACUUUGCAAAUCAAGUAUUUUAUUUUCAGAAGACAACACAACCUACAGGCUUUCUUGGCUAGGGGAUAUGUGGUUGCAUCUUGCAACAAUCAUCUUGUUUUAGUUCCCAAAUUAAAACAACGUCAAGAAAGAAGACAUACCGGCUGAAUUGAUAUUUGGCAAAAGACAAAGUAAAAAGGACUCUCUGAAAGACUCUGUAUUAUUGAACAUUUACGAUGUGUGUGUGUAUAUAACUGGAACUGUGAAAUACAUGUAACGCUACACCCACAUUUACUUAAGCUUUCAACGUAUCACUACAUACCUUACUGCUGAAUUAACUGCUACCUUUAACUAUUCUAUCAUGCCAUGAUUGUAAUUAUGUACAUAAAAUAUUUUUGUAAUUAACUCCUAUAUAAUAAAAGGCCCUUACCUUGACUUAUCAUGUAUUCAGGGAUAUUUGGCACCAUGUGGUAAUAUAUUUAAUAAUGUUUUGUUAAAAAUUCUUCUACGAUUUGUGGGAAGGUUUUUUUU